CUUUCCAUUUGAUAAAUAUGAUUAGUAGAUAAAACUCAUAUCACUGAUAGCAAAUAAGCAUAAAUAGUGAUUGUAGUUGUUGAUGUGAGUUGUUGGUAAUCUAGGGAAUGCUCUAAAAAUCUGCAAUUUUAUUUCAACAUUUAUUCCUAUCUGAUCUGCAGGGUUUACAGAUGAAGAAUGAAGAAAAGAAGAUAAAAAGGAAGGAAAAUAGCAAAAGGGAAUGGCCGGAACAAGAACAUUAAUAUUAAUGCCUAAAGAAGCUUUAUCUGAGCAUGAGCAGGCCAUGGAAGGACUGCCCGGUUCUGAAAUCGAUGGUCAGUCCCAGGCAGUGAAGGUAUCAACCAUUGGUCAACUCUUGCUGAAGGGGCUAGCAAAAUCAACUGUGAUGGGACUUUCAGCCUUUCUAAGAACGCUGUUGCAUUUGGAAAAGAAGGGAGAAUUAUCCUUCUGCCAAACUGGAUGUCCUGAAGGAGCUGAUGCAGGUUUGUGCUUUAGAUUUUCCAUCUUUGGAUUUGUUCUUCGAUCAUUCAUGGAGUCAGUGUAACCUGCACAAUGGAAAGUCUAACCAAAAUAAGAGCCUACAUGUAUGAAAUUACAAGUGGUAAAUCAAUAACAAACAAUAUAUAGUAUUCUUUUCACAUGAUUUGAGUCUCCAAUAAUUCCUUUUUAGUUUCCGUUGUCAUUUUUUCAGCAAUUCCAAUUUCUUCUGUUUACAAUUCAGCCCAAUCUGCACCAAAUCCUGCUAUUUUCUAUCUUGUAUUGGUAAAUUUAGAAACAUUUUUGCGAUUUGU